UCCGGAUGUUUCACCGCGUUUUUUCAAGCUGUGGUCCCUGACCUACUACCGUGACCAAACAAGAGCUGGCGGGUUAGUCCUUCCUUGAAAGUAGACUGAACAUUAUAGGAGGGUUUAUAACGCAGGAAGAUGAAAACAAUAAAGACCAGUCGUCUUUAAAAUACACUUGAAUCAGAACUGCCCUCAAGUGGCUUCUAGAGAGGAGAAAUUGGAUUUUGAGACUCUAGGAAUGGAGUAUAGAAUCAUGGCAUGUGCAGGGAGAAGUUACAGUUAGGACCCUUUUGCUAUCUGAAUACCUUUGCCUGAAGUACCUCGUAAAAAUAGGUCGCGGAGGAGGAUGAAGUGAAAGAAAAAUUUUCGCAGAGAAAAAGAGAGGGAGAGAAAGAGAAAUCUCCAAUCUGCUGGCUCAACCUGGAAGAACCCACAAUGGCCAAGGAUGGACCAGACCAAACCAGAAGCCCAGAACUCGAUCCUGGUCUCCUACCAAGGUGACAGGGACCCAACUGCUUGCUCCAUCACCCACUGCCUCCCAAAGUGCACAUUAGCAGGAAGCUGGAAUCAGAAGCGGAGCCAAAACUUGAACCCAGGCCGUUUCUGUUCUAUGCCACACUGAAGAUGGAAGCUGUGGUCCCACGCCAGGCGGAAGACCUUGCCUCCACUGAUACACAGACUGUGAAGCAAGCAGCAGCUGGCAAACACCUGCCUCACAGAUGUGCUCUGCUCAACACACUACCUUACCUUACCCUUGAAGCACUCCUGCCAGCCUUUCAGCUGCCUGAAGACCUGUUCAACUCUGCCCCAGACAACUAAGAGCCACACAACUCCUUGGUGAUGACAGGUUGCACCUCCAACCUACUGCGUUGUGUGGAAGGCGAUUCCCUCCGGGCCGCCGCCAUGACGACCGCCAUCUUGGAGCGCCUGAGCACCCUGUCCGUGAGCGGACAGCAGCUGCGCCGCCUGCCCAAGAUCUUGGAGGAUGGCCUUCCCAAGAUGCCUUGCACCGUGCCGGAGACGGACGUGCCCCAGCUCUUCCGGGAGCCUUACAUCCGCACCGGGUACCGCCCCACGGGGCAUGAGUGGCGCUACUACUUCUUCAGCCUCUUUCAGAAACACAACGAGGUGGUCAACGUCUGGACCCACUUGCUGGCGGCCCUGGCCGUCCUCUUGCGAUUCUGGGCCUUUGCGGAGGCCGAGGCCUUGCUGUGGGCCUCCCCUCACUCCCUGCCCCUGCUCCUCUUUAUCCUGUCCUCAAUCACGUACCUCACCUGCAGCCUUCUGGCCCACCUGCUGCAGUCCAAGUCGGAGCUCUCCCACUACACGUUCUACUUUGUGGACUAUGUUGGCGUGAGCGUUUACCAGUACGGCAGUGCCUUGGCCCACUUCUUCUACAGCUCCGACCAGGCCUGGUAUGAGCGGUUUUGGCUUUUCUUCUUGCCAGCAGCUGCCUUUUGCGGCUGGUUAUCUUGUGCUGGUUGUUGUUAUGCCAAGUAUCGUUACCGGAGGCCUUAUCCUGUCAUGAGGAAGAUCUGUCAGGUGGUGCCAGCUGGACUCGCCUUCAUCCUAGACAUCAGCCCCGUGGCACACCGUGUGGCGAUUUGCCACCUGGCUGGCUGCCAGGAACAGGCAGCCUGGUACCACACCCUCCAGAUCCUCUUCUUCCUGGUCAGCGCCUACUUCUUCUCCUGCCCGGUGCCCGAGAAGUACUUUCCCGGUGCCUGUGACAUCGUAGGCCAUGGGCAUCAGAUCUUCCAUGCCUUUCUGUCUGUCUGCACGCUGUCCCAGCUGGAGGCCAUCCUCCUGGAUUACCAGGGGCGGCAGGAGAUCUUCCUGCAGCGCCAUGGUCCCCUGUCUGUCUACAUGGCCUGUCUCUCCUUUUUCUUUUUGGCGGCCUGCAGUGCUGCCACCGCAGCCCUCCUGAGGCACAAAGUCAAGACAAGACUGACCAAGAAAGAUACCUGAGGCAUGUCUGUGUGGCAAAGUGUGGAGGAGGCCCAUGGUGAUUCGGUACAAUAGAAAUUGACUUUUUAUUUUGUAAGGAUUGGCUUUUGAAUUAAUGAGUGUUUCCAAGGAUAUUCCCUUGCUCCAUGAUUUAAAUGCCAAAAGAUUCAAGAGUUUUGUUGUUGUUAAGGAAAAGGAGUAUUACUUUUUCUUCUGGGUUAUAACCUUACAAGGAAGGGAAGGGAUCUUGGCCAUGAUUAAUGGGACGCUGAAUUAAGGAGAACCAUCUUCAUGCCUGAAAAUUUUGCAGAAUCUUGAAUGUGGUUUCCAGAAGCGAGGCCCAGAGUUGAAUACAUAAUAAAAUUGGACUGGAAAGUCCAUAGCUGGCAGGUCCUCACCCUAUUGGAAUGGCCAUCCUACUGUACCAAUCUUUGGCUGUUGAAUAGAUUGUCCCAAGGAUCCUUUUACAUUUGGACUUCAGAUUGUCUAAGGUGGAAAAGUCAGAAACUUCAAGAUGAAGAUGAAACCAUUAGACAUAAUGAAUUAGUUCAUCUGAUUCCUGGUCCCCUCCUUGCUGCUUGUCCACUGUAAAAUUGGUUCUUUUUACAGGACAACUGUCCGCCUGUUUUGUUGGAAGUGCUGUUUACUCCCACCCCUUCUUUUCCUGAUAACAUAAAAAAUUACAAAUAAGUCAUACUUCCAGGAAAUACUUGGAGCCAUGUAGGGAUUCAGGAAGCUUAUUCUCAUAUAUUACUAAUGUUUGUGGUACUAGAAAAUACAGUGCCAAGAGCCACCAGGAGGCCCAACCAAGGAGAAUGAAUACUGUUUGGUGUCAUGGGACUCUUCUAUUUUAUACCUGAGGGCUGCAGGAUUACAUGAGCGAUAUUAAGGCUGCCCUACAGAACAGGAUAUCCAGGAGCUGCAUUGGAGAAAUUUCUUCACAUUUGACUAGCAUGUUUAAAAAGCCUGUGGUGGAGUACAUUGGUUCCAAGGGUCCCUCUAGGGAUCUGCUUAUUUCAAGAGGUACCCAAGGUCCAUCCUCCCACAUAAUGCUGCCCUAUGAAGAAACCACACAACUGCCCCAGUUCAGGGACCUCAGGCAAGCAGUUCUGCCUCAGCUUAGAACAGAACUCCUAAUUAAGUCCUAGGACAGACAAGCAUGUGUAUUCACUGCGAAUUGGUCCCUGAAGUCUCCUUUGGGUGAGAAUGUGUGAACCAGAUACCCUGUAGCUGAAAUGCUCUGAUUCGAAUGUUGCUGCUCAACAUCUUCUGUGAUAGGUGGUGCUUGCCACUGCUGUGUUCCGACCACGCAGCUCUCUCUGAGGAAUGACUUCUGUGCUAAUCCAGUGAAGGAGGCUGUGCCAAAAGAAUGGCUGGAAAGACUCCACAGGGACUGCUUCCUAUCAGUAUAAGGCCCCUUAUUUACUAAAAAGGAAAGUGGUUUAACUCCAGUUUGAUGAACUUACCCUGUUACUAGGUUACAAUUUCUUGCUUCAAAUUUUCGUUUCCUACUUUUCUGUGAGAGAUUUGUGGGUUUUGUGCCUUAUAAAUGGAAAUGUAUGAACACUUAAUGUAUGUGCACGUGAGAUUUUCUGUUUCGAGUUAUUGAGGUAAGAAAAUAAUACAUUGCUGUCCAGCCAGUGAAUGAAGUUUCAGAAAGCUAGACUUGCUUCUCAAUCAAAAGACUGUUAAUCUGUGUUUUGUCCAAAAAGAGAAGAAAAAAUUCCAACUCAAGCUAUCAUAUAAUCUUUAUAUCAAGAAAGUUUAUGUCUUGUCAGCUACAUUGUUUUCCAAAUGGAUUUCUCUUGUUAAUCCUCAAGUAUGUGAAUUUCUGUGCUACCCAAGUGUCUUACACAAGCUUCGGGUGUCUAGCCAAACUCACAGUAAAUCAAAUUAGCAAAUCUGAACUGGGUGGAACCAAACAAUGGAAUGGGGAAAUUGUGCAAGCACAUUGCAAGUGGAGGGUCAAUUAAGAUAGGAACUACAAAGUGUUUUAAAUUUUCAUUAUUAUAGAUUGUUGAAAGGUUAUUCUUUUAAAAGUUAGAGGGAGAAGUAAAGGAAAGAGAAUAAGAGGAAGGUGUGAAUCAAACUCUCUGGUGUUAUUGGUCGGCAUAGAUUUUUCAGGCCAAAUCUCGGCUUUUUUUUUUUUUUGAAGAAUAAGAGGUACAGUAGUGAUCCUCAAAUACAUCUACAGACCAAUGCCAGUCUGUACAUAUUAAUGGCCUGUGGUAUGAUAACUGCAGAAAGUUACUAAACUUUGAGAUAAUUGCUACAUAAUUUUUAUUUUAAUUUACACAAUAUUGGCCCACAAGUAAUCUGAAAUUUAAAAAUAGCUUUUUUUUUUUUUUAAAGAUUUGAGAGGUGAAGCAUUGAGGUAGGGGACUAUAAUGUGCUUUCAAAAUACCAGUAGCAUUAGAACUACAUCAACACAGGAAAUACAGAUGUGUUUAAGUACUCAGAUUUCUGAAGAGUUAAACACUCUUUUUAAAGCAUUAUCAUUAAAAUGAGAACACUAGUAAGGAACAAGCCUAGUUAGUUUAAAAAGCUUAAUUAGGAAUUUGAUAACAGAGAUUGCUGUCUCACUCUAACAUAGCCCCUCCAACAGUUGACAUCUACUGGAAAUUCUGCUGGUUGUCUCUUCCUCUCUUUUAAUUAACAUUUUCAAACUUUAAAAAGUGUAAAUUCCUCUGGAAAAAUAGUAAACUAUCAGUCAUUUACAUUUUAAUGUGAAUAAGAAUUCAGAUUUGUUUGAAGUCCUACUCAAGAUAACAGGGGAAUAGUGGGACAUCGCAAACUAGGUACAUAGUUGCCUGUUUCCCUCAUGCCUAGUUCUUCCUACUUGUAUUUACUGAUGAACUAAUGUUAAUGUUCUUGAGAUGUUAGGAUUUCAUGUCCAAUUUUGACUGAAAUUAUGUCACUCAAUGACCAUGUUCUCAAGUCAUCUACUGGAAGUUUGAAAUAGUAGGAGUAUAGAGCCAUGGAAUGAAGAUAGUUUAUUCCUGCCUCUGUGGCCCACCUGUUCACAAACUGUAUCUGAAUGCUUGAAAACUUUAGCUUCUUUGGUUACUGCACUGCAGUUUCAAAUGGAUCCUCCAAAUGAUGUUCAGGUCUUACCCAAAGAGGACACAGCCAUUGUCUGUCUAUUAAUUGUAUUGGUCUUGUGUUUUGCUCGAUUGCUUGGCAAAGAAAAAAGUGGAACUAUUUUCUGUCUAUAUAAAUCUAUUCACACAAAUAACCAUUAAACUGAUUUUGUAUAUGGAUUGUUAUAGUGUCAGUAAUUUAAAGAAACAGCUCCCUUUUUAAAAGAUUUAUUUUAUUUAUUUGAAAGGCAGAGUUACAGAGAGGGAAAGACAGAGACAGAGGUCUUCCAUCCUCUGGUUCACUCCCCAAAUAGCCACAUUAGCCAAGACCAGGCCAGGCUGAAACCAGGAGCCAGAAGCUUCCUCCAGGUCUCCCACGUGGGUACACAGGGGCCCAAGAACCUAGGCAAACUUCUGCUGCUUUCCCAGGCCAUUAGCAGGGAGCUGAAUCAGAAGUGGAGCAGCCAGGACUCGAGCUAGCACCUAUAUAGGAUGCUGGCGCUGAAGGCAGUAGUUUAACCUGUGCCAUAGUGCUGUCCCCACCCCUGUUUCUUUUUUUUUUGACAAGUCUCUUGACAAAAGCUAUCUUAACAAGCCCCAUCCUAAAGAAAGGUUUUAUUUAGAAAACACUGCCAGGAGAAGAUAUUAAUUUAUCUGGAAGUAAAAAAAUACUUCCAUACAAAGACCCCCAAAACAUAAAAUUCACACACAAACACAAACACACACCCCUAAUCCCUACUUAGAAUAAAUUGCCCCCAUAAAAGAUACGGAGUUGGUUUCUCUGGGGAUUUUUUUUUUUUCAAGAUUUAUUUAUUUAUUUGAAAGGCAAAAUUAGAGAGAGAGGUCUUCCAUCUACUGGUUCACUCCCCCAAACAGCUGCAAUGGCCGGGGCUGGGCUGGUCUGAAACCAAGAGCCAGGAGCUUCUUUUGGGUCUUCCACAUGGGUGCAGGGGCCCAAGCAGUUGGGCCUUCUGCAGCUGCUUUCCCGGGUGCAUUAGCAGUAAACUGGAUUGGGAGUGAAGCAGCCAGUAUUUGAAGUGCUUUACUCUGUACACCAUAGUGCUGGACCCUCUCUGGGGAUUUUAAUCUAAUUGAAUAAAUAGUUUUGUGGAAUUUAGUGUUAAACAUUUCAAAAUUUUGCAUUGAUAGACUACAUUUUCUGAAGUCUAAACAUUAUAAAUUAUUUUGUUUAUUCUUUAAAGGUUUAUUUAUUUAUUUAUCUGAAAGAAAGAGUUACCAAGAGGCAGAGGCAGAGAGAGAGGGAGAGAAAGAGGGAGAGGUCUUCUAUCCGCUGGUUCACUCCCCAAAUGGCUGCAAUGUUGGAGCUUGGCUGAUCCAAAGCCAGGAGCCUGGAGCUUCUUCCAGGUCUCCCACAUGGGUGAGGAGCCCAAGUAUUUUGGCCAUCUUCCACUGCUUUCCCAGGCGCAUUAUCAGGGAGCUGGAUCUGAAGUGGAGCAGCCAGGAAUUGAACCAGUGCCCAUAUGGGAUGCCAGCACUGCACACAGCAGCUUUAUCCGAUAUGCCAUAGCAUUGGCCCCUCAACAUUAUGAACUCUAUAGUGCUACAAUAUGUCAGAUAAUAUAAUGUACAUACUAUGAAAUGUGGCAUAUAUCCAACCAAAUAAUUUUGUAGCCCUCAGGAUUGGAUUUAAAUAGCUAUGUAAAAUAUGAUCCUCUAUGUUACUGCAGCUUCAGGGCACUGUCACAAUAACAAUUUAAAAAAAAAAGUAGUAUUUCUAGGGUUAAAGGCUCCAACUGGUAGAAUUAUGGAUGUCCUUCUUGUCCAAACACUUAAUCACCAGCAUAUGCAGUUUGCAAAUGCUUCUGAUGUCACUGGUACUAGUAUAACCUCUCUUCAGAUACUGGUUCAUUAAGAAUUUAUUGAACAUCUAUAAGUGACAGAUAUGUUGGCUCUGCAGAUACCACAAUGAGGAAAACAAACUAAUUGAGGACCAGCAUCUUCCCCUGGUGCCAUGAAAGUGUCCCCCUCUCCAGGUCUCGGCCCCAGUCACAGUCUGAGGGCUGGAGAGCUUGGAGGAGCUAGAAUCUGCUUUGGGCCAGAAGCUUUUCCGAAGGAUUGAGUGCUCUUUCCUUUUCUGUCCAGAGGCUAGAAACAUCACCCAAAGCAGCGAGGCAGUCACUUGAAAGGUACCUUAACCUCUUGUUAGGCCUGCUGUUUCUCCAGGUCUUCUCCCUGCUCUCUAUCUGUUUAAAUUCAGUACUGGGGACCCUUCGCUUACCCCCACAGACAGGAGUCUGAAAUUUCCAUAAGCGUUAUAGACUUCCAGGAUGCAUGAAGUCUCAUCCUUCAGAGAAGGAGCAUGAGGAUCUGACUGAGCACAGAGUCCUGAUUUGAAGGGCUGAAAACAGCAUGCUGCAAUCUGGCUGCCUACUUUAAAACAUAAUCUUGAGGCCAGCGUUGUGGGACAGGGGUUAAGCCGCUGCUUGUGAUGAUGACAUCCCAUAUGGGGACCUGUUAGACUCCUGGCUGCUCUACUUCCCAUUCAGCUCCCUGUUAAUGUCCCAGGAAAGGCAUCACAAGAUGGCCCAAAUGCUUAGGCCUCUGCAUCCAUGAAGGAGACCUGAAAGAAGUUCCAGGCUCCUGGCUUCAGCCUGGCCUAACCCCAGCCAUUGUAGCCAUUUGGAAGGUGAACCAGCAGACAGAAGAUCUCUUUCUUGGUCUCUCCUUCUCUCUAUAACUGUAUUUCAAAUAAGUAUAAUACAUCUUUAAAAAGAACUUACCCUGGGGCCGAUGCUGUGGCUCACUCCGUUAAUCCUCCGCCUUGUAGCGCUGGCAUCCCAUGUGGGUGCCAGGUUCUAGUCCAGUUGCUCCUCUUCCAGUCCAGCUCUCUGCUGUGGCCCAUGAAGGCAGCGGAGGAUGGCCCAAGUGCUUGGGACCCUGCACCCGCAUGAAAGACCAGGAGGAAGUACCUGGCUCCUGGCUUUGGAUUGGCGUAGCUCUGGCUGUGGCAGCCAUUUUGGGGGGUGAACCAACUGAAGGAAGAUCUUUCUCUCUGUCUCUAUCUCUCACUGCCUAACUCUAUC